GGAGAGGGAGACCGAGUUGUGGCAGAGGAGAGGAGGGAGGAAGCUCACCACGUUGCUGUCCGCGCCGCCAUCACGCGCCACCGCCGUCGAGCCUUAUCGCCGCCGUUGCUAACAGAAGAAGGAGAGAUCGGGGAGAGAGAGGAACGUCGCGCCGGCGUGCUGGGCUCCACCGCCGCCAUCGCGUCGUCGCCGCUGGUCCACCUGGAGCCGCCAUCGAAGCUGCGACACGGAGAAAGGGGGUUCGCGAGUGAGAAAGGGCUGAGAGCCUGAAACCGCCGCGCAUAGCCAUGUCUGUGAAGCCACUGUCGUCGUCCAAGCAUGCCACCGCCAGUCGCGUCGUCAUCGUCUCUGCCCAGCGUCGCCGCAGAUGAUGGGUCGCCGAGAAAUGCCACCGCUGCUGCCGCCGGGAACCGCCACUGAAGACGCUGGAAGUUGCCGCCGCUGUUCUGCCUCACCGAAUGGCACUGGAAAACUGCUGCUGCGUCGUCGGAGUUCUGGCCGCCGGAAGACCUCGUUGCUGUCGCCGGAAAACUCUGCCAGUAAGGGUUUUGAAUUUGGUUUUCAUUCGUUUAAGAUUCCGAAAGCCUUAUCGUUUCUGUAUGUGGGUUUUAGUCUUCAUUGCCGGAGUCCGGUCACCGCUGCCGCUUGAGGUGGCUGCCGGAUUGCUGCCAAACCGGUUCGGAGACCGCCGCUGUUUCGGUUCAGCCGUUCCUUCUUCGUUCGUGUUGCUAUGGUUAUUGCGAAAGUGGCUUGGAGCCGAUGUUUUGGUUGCCGGUGAUUUCGAGUUGAGGCGAAAAGGACUCAAUGAGGCAUUUGGGGGUAUGGUUUUGCGUUUUGAGAUUGCAUUUCUGGUGAUUAAGUGA